AUGAGGAUUGCAAUUCUAGGUCAAAAUAAUCUAGGGUUCAUAGACGGCACAUGCAAGAGGGAGAACUAUGGUACAAAUCUCGUAGAUCUCUGGGAACAUUGUAAUGCAAUUGUAUUGUCUUGGUUGAGGAACUGUGUUUCUCCGGAAUUGUUGAGUAGGAUGGUAUAUUUGUCAAAUGCUAAUGAAGUAUGGGACGAUUUGAAGGAGCGAUUUGAUAAGGUGGAUUGCUCUAGGAUAUUUCAGAUCCAUAGAGAAAUUGCUACUGCUAGGCAGGGCACCAAAUUUGAUAGUUUGGCACCAAUUUCUAGUCGUGAUGCUGCUAACUCACGUGAAUUUGUUCAAUUCAUGGAGCGUCAAAAGCUUCUACAAUUCCUAAUGGGACUAAAUGAGUCUUAUGAACAAACACGCAACCAGCUCCUGAUGAUGGUUCCUGUUCCAUCUGUGAACAAAGCUUAUUCUAUAUUAAUGGAGCGUGAGAGUCAGAGGACAAUGUCCAACACCUUUACCACUGUUGAUGGGGGUAAGAUGGCAGCACUGAUGACGAAUAGUUUUGGGAAUCAGCAAAGGCCAAAGAAAAAUUACAAUCUUCAGUGUGAUGAAUGCCACAUGAAAGGACACACAAAAGAAACUUGCUACAAGGUAGUAGGAUAUCCAAAAGAUAACAAGUUCAGGAAGAAGUACAAUUCCCAGGCAACAACUAAUUUUGCAGCUGAAGAUGUCCCAGCAACAACAACUGCUUCUAUACCUAUGGUUCUCACAUUCACUCCAGAACAAUAUGAACAGAUUCUACAACUGCUUAAAGGGAAGGAGACUGAAGAUCUCUACACUGGGAAGGUGUUGGGGAUUGGUAAUAACGCAAAUGGACUGUACAUACUCAAAGAUUGCAUAUGUAGGAGGAAGAUUACUACACCAACUGUACAUACCACAACCAUGCCUACUUCUAUGUCAGUUAGUCAAGAUUCAAUAAAACUGGAGAUAUGGCACCAGAGACUUGGCCACCUACCUAUGGAGAUAAUUAAGAGUAUUGAUAAGUUCAAAAAUCUUCACAUUAGUAAUAGGAGCAGUGAUUGUGCAAUGUGUCCUGUUUGUCCACUAGCUAGGCAGACUCGAUUACCAUUUCCAGCUAGUACUAGUAGAGCUAAGGCACCAUUUGAUCUUUUGUAUGCUGAUGUAUGGGACCUUUCAGAUACUCAAUUUGAUUGUUCUGUUAAGAUCCUGAGAACAAAUAAUGGUUCUGAAUUUGUUAAUUCAAAUAUGAAGCAGCUAGUUGAGACAUUAGUCAGAAAAUCCCAAAGGACAACUGGACCUCCCAGAUGGAUGCAUGAUUAUGUGACAAGUUCUUGUGCAUAUCCUAUGUCCAAUUAUCUGAGCUAUGAUGGGUUAUCUCCUUCAUAUGCAAAGUGUCUUACUGCACAAAUAGUUAUUGUUGAGCCCAAGCACUACUAUGAGGCAGCCAAAGAUGCAAAGUGGGUCAAUGUCAUGAGAUUCAAGCUUUGGAAGACAACAAGACCUGGGAUAUAG